CAAAAGAUACCAACUGAUAUUGCAAAGGUCGUUGGAGAAUUGAAAUUUGGAAGGUCUUUUGUUGGUUUGAGUGGCAUGGCACACGUCACUUAGAAUGGGGGAUGGAAAUGCUAAAAACCACCGUUGUGGUUGCUCAGAGAGAAAAUAGAGGCGAAGUUGGCUUCAUGCUUCAAUUCAAGCUUGAUAAGGUAGGGUUUUAAAGGCGAUUUGUUGAUCAGGGACUUUUGAGUUUUGAGGUUACACUGUUUCCAACUUCAAUCUUUAACAAUGGGAAAAUCUCCUGGAAAGUGGGUCAAAACUGUGCAUUUUGGGAAGAAGUCAUCAAAAUCUAAUCUCUCAAAUGAUGCUACUUCAGACAAAAAGACAUCAAUCACUAUCAACUCACAAUCAAAUGAUUUUAGUACUGAUUCUUCUGUGAUAUCAAGUCCACUGUGCAAUGUCAUCACACAUUUAGAAAAGAGCUCCACUGACAACUUAAUCUAUGAUAGUGCUGCAAAUGAUGAUGAGCUAGAGCAGGCUGCUACUAAGGUGCAGGCAGCUUUCAGGGGAUACUUGGCUCGAAGGGCAUUUUGGUCACUCAAAGGCAUUAUAUGGCUUCAAGCGGUUGUUCGUGGUCAAAUAGUCAGGCUUUCCGGAAGUUGUCCUCAAAUGCUGCAAAAAAGACAUCUACAAGAACAUUUGGAAGUGGAGCAAGGUUUAGAGGGAGUAGAUUUAAAAACUGAAGAUGUUGAAGCUGUCUUUGAGCUAAAGGAUUAUCUUGAUGAAAGAAAUAAAGAAGUCAACAUACUGGGUUUGACCAAAGCUACCAUUUCUCGAGUUAAAAUGUGUGGAAUGGGAGAUAGAGUUUGUGUUGAUCUUUGUAGUCUCAUGAGACCUGGUGAAGGCCUUUUGGUUGGAUCUUUUGCAAGAGGAUUAUUCCUUGUCCACUCAGAUUGCCUAGAGUCAAAAUCAAAUUACAUUGCCAGCUGGCCUUUCCGAGUUAACGCAGGGCCAGUGCAUGCUUAUGUGGCGAUUCCAGGUGGCAAAACUUGCUAUCUUUCAGAACUGAAGGCAGGGAAAGAGAUUCUUGUUGUUGAUCAAAGUGGCAUACAAAGAACAGCUGUAGUUGGACGUGUAAAGAUAGAGACACGACCAUUAAUCAUUGUUGAUGCAAAGGUUGAUUCAGAUAAGGAAACUUCUUACACCAUUCUUCUACAGAAUUCAAAGACUGUUGGACUUGUAGCUCCUAUAAAAGUUGGAGGAAAUGAAGCAACAGCAAUUCCAGUGACGUCACUAAAGGUUGGUGAUGAAGUGUUGGUGAGAGUACAAGGAAGUGCUAGGCAUACUGGUUGCUUAAACAUCGAUACCGAUUUUCUUAAGGCAAUCUAA